AUGGAUUUCGGCGAUCGUACUACUAAAUUAUCAGAUGAUUGGCAAUGGCUUUUAGAUGCAAAUACACCAAGUAUUGGUGAUAUUCAUGUUGCAAUGAAUAUUUGGUUUUUAAAUACUACUAAAGAUGCCACCAAAGAAUUUGGAAAUAUUUCUGAAUUGUAUCCUAAAACUCAUCAAUGGUUUAAUAGAUUUAUCAAAUUUAUUAAAGAAAAUCAACAACAUAAACCUUUAAAAAUUUCUAGUGAGGAAGCACUGGAAAUUGCUAAAAAUUUUAAACCAUCGUCAUAUUAUUAUAAUAAUGGUAAUAAGAAAUUAGGAAAUAAAAAAAUUGGUGAUAAAGUUAUUAUUUCACCUAAUGAUUAUGGUAAAGUACCUGUUAAGGGUGCCAUUUUGAAUAUUAGCGAUAGAAAUAUUGCUAUAAGACCAAUUGAUGUUGAUAAAAAAACAGGCAUUGAUAUAGUUAUUUGGUUUCCUAUAGCUGGCUAUAAUUAA